GCCGGCGGCGCAGCAGCGGCGCCGCUUCGUUGCUUCAAGAACCAGCUAGGGUUUAUAUUUCUGGGCAGGGCGCCGCGACGCGGGGAGCUUCCAAUCGUGUAAGAUCUGCGUAGCUAGGGUCGUGUUUGUCUGGGGAUUCGGCCAUGGGAGGCGAUUUUAGGAUACAGAGAUUAAGGAUCCUAUAGCGGUGGCGCAGGGCGAUCUAGGAUUCCAGCACAGGCUUGAUCGAUUCGAGGCGGCAGAUGGUCGUCUGCUCCAUGGCGCUCUACUCCAGCUCCCCUCCGGCCCCUGUUUCUUGCGGCAGCCAUUGCUCCACUCACCACAGCAGCGGCGUCUCUAGCGACUCGGAGGCCCAUCUUUGCUGGCUCCAGGGCGGGCAGAGCUCGGGGCCACGGCAGUCAAGGGCCGGCGGGCUCUCCUACCUCUUCGCCAGUCCCAAUGCGCGGCAGCACUCGUCUUGCGCGAUCAGUGACGCGCUGGAGUCGGGCAGCUUGUCAUCGUCGGUGAGGAGCGUCUCUCAAGUGGAUCAUCCCAAAUGGGAGGAUGGUCGCAGCGGUAGCAUUAACAUUCCCGGAUCUUCGUUUGGCAAGCGCAGCUCGGUCUCGAUCAUCCAGAGCCCAUACACUUACAGUAGCUGCAUCUUCUCGGUGGCCGGGCGCGAAGCUCCGGUUUGCGCUGAUCUUCCUCCGCUGGAUCCACACGUUGGUUCGUGGGGUAGAGGUAUUGCCACUGUUGACACGCGGACACCGGUUUAUAGGAGAGAAGGAUUCGAAGUUAGUCAAGAGGAGAGCAAGAGCUUGACAGCAGCGCUCACGGAUUUCCUUGUACAUAAUGGCGGUAAUUCUUUCGUGGGCUUUGACUUUAGUGACGUGCCGGAUUCCAGAACGGCGAAACAGGCGUCACCAAACGAGAUCUUGGUGGACGCCCAGCGGCGGCACAAGGUUUUCAAGGAUCCGUUCAUAAUCAAAGCGUUUAGAUUGGCCGAAGAAGCUCAUCGCGGUCAUUUUAGGCGGAGCGGAGAACUUUACCUGACUCACUGCGUAGAGACUGCUAUACUUUUGGCGUCGGCUGGUGCGGAAGCCACCGUAGUUGCCGCUGGUUUACUACAUGACACGCUAGAUGAUUCAAGCAUUGACGAGGCGCAAAUUCGUGCCAUUUUUGGAGACGAUGUCGCUGACCUUGUUGUAGGGGUAUCGAAGAUAAGUCAGCUAAGCCAGCUUGCUAGGGACAACAACAUCGCUAGCAAGACGCUAGAAGCAGAUCGUCUCAGGACAAUGUUUCUAGCGAUGGUCGACGUGCGUGUGGUGUUGAUCAAGCUUGCUGAUAGGCUGCACAACAUGCGAACUUUGGAAGCUUUGGCAGCGGAGAAGCAGAACCGGAUCGCCAGUGAAACUCUUGAAAUCCUCGUACCCAUAGCAAACAGGCUGGGAAUAUGGAGCUGGAAAGCAGAGAUGGAGGACCUGUGUUUCAAGUACUUAAAUCCUACCGAGUAUCAGGAACUUGCUGCCAAACUGAUAGAAUGCUGCCGCGGAGGCGUGGUACUGUCGGCGAUUGAGCAGCUUGACAAGGCGCUACGUAAAAGUAAGAUCAAAAUCGAAGAUCUUUGUGGCCGGUCUAAAACUCUUUUCAGCAUUUACACUAAGAUGAAGAAGAAAGGGCGCAGUAUCGAUGAAAUAUACGAUGUCCGAGGUCUUCGUUUGAUUGUCAAAGAUGAAGCUGAUUGCUACAAAGCCUUGGAGUUUGUGCACAAGCUCUGGGAUCACAUUCCAGGAAAACUAAAGGAUUACAUCAAACAGCCAAAGGCUAACGGGUAUCAGUCAUUGCACACAGUUGUAAGCGGCAAGGAUGGUCUUCCUUUGGAAGUUCAGAUAAGAACGAAAGAAAUGCACAGUCAUGCCGAAUUCGGGAUGGCUGCGCACUGGCGAUACAAGGAAGGAAACGAUACAAAGCACUCCGCUUUCCUUUUGCAACGAGUGGAAUGGGCAAGAUGGAUCCUCACCUGGCACAGCGAAAUCAUGGACAACAAGCUACGAGUUUCACCAUCACACAUGGACUUGAAGUCAUCCUGCCCGUUUCCUUUCCACAAGGACGAUUGUCGGCACGCUCACCCCUUUUCUGGACCGCCGGAAAGCGAGGACGAUCCACUGUUCGUGAUCAUGCUCAAAGACGAAACGAUGAUUGUUCAAGAGCUUCCUCCGGGUUGCACUGCUGCCGACCUCGUCACGGAAAGAGGCGCGGAUCACUUUCUUCUCGAUCCAGGCGUGCUCUCGGAGAUGACACCCCGAGUAAACCAUCAGGAGGUGGAGAACUUUCACCAGAAGCUCCGGAUGGGAGACGUGGUGGAGAUCGUGGACAAGGAGGAGAGGUCCAAGGUGUUGGUCACCAUGGCUCGAGUUCCAGCCAAAGCUUCCAACGAGAUAAGCGUUUACAGAGAGCAGAUCCGCCGCAUGUACGCUGCUGACAGGAGCUGCAAAGUCGAUGCACGGAAGAUCUUCGAGCUCGCCAAAGAGAACACACAAGUUGCGGGGCUGACUUAGAUAAACCAAAGAGAGAAAAAAGAAAGGAAAAGAAGGAAGACUUCCUCACAGGUACAUUGUUUCAUUCGAUUUGUACAUUUCACUGUGUAUAUAACAGGAAUCUUGACUUUGUACCACCGAAAA